AUGGUUACUGGAAAAAAUUACAAAGCUAAUCUGAGCACCCACAAUGUGACUAAUGGUAAUAACAUCUUAUCCUUACCAGAGAUAUACGCCGUGACGCCGGAUAUUGCUGUGGUGUCCAAUGCGGCAAGCAAACCAAGAUGCACCAUGGUCAUUACCAAAAAAGUCAUUCAUGAUACCAACACAGGAAAAAGAGCCCAUACAGAACGCUACGAUACUAUGGUUUCACCUCGAACCUCCCCGAAGAUGUCUCUGAUUGCUUCAAAAUACCCUCAGCAAUCUCGAGAAGCGAUUUCAAAACGCCUGACUGAGUCCGUGUGGGAGGUAGUGGAUGCCAUCACGCAGACGCCCACGAACGCAGAAGCCCCUCGCCGACCGUUGCUACUUAUUGAAGAGUGGCUUAGCGGUGAUGCCGCGCUUGGUCUUACACCAUCAGUUGUUCUGGCAGGCUUGACAGAUCUCCUUUAUGUCCUUUCUAGAUCUAUUCACCUCAAAGGGGAUCCUCUGCAAGCUACAAGAACAAUUGAAACUAAUAAUCGUUUCUCUGCUAAGAGCAACCUCACUCGUGAUGAUAUUAUGGUAGCUAGAGAAGAUCCGGGAAAACGCACAACGCUGCAUGAUAGUACGAUAGUAAAAUUUUCCGGUGCCAUCCCGACGAAGCACGACCCACCCCACCAACAAUCGCAAAUUGACUUCGCCAACAUCCAUCCAGAGUCCUUUCUUCCACCUCUGGUGCACCGGCCCCGCGCGCUCCCCUCUUGGCCGUGUCCGUGCACUGCUACACCAAACAUCAGUCCAGCCCCAAAAGAUGACAUUUCAGAAAAGUCUUUAGAUAUGUUAGCGUCCCGACAAAACACAGCUCAUCGUAUCAAUUCUGCUGAAGCAAUGUCAGGUUCCUAUUCCACGGAUGCAACCCAUGCAGGCAAGCCUAGCACAAAAACGUAUAAUCUGCCACAAAACACUACAGCGACGCCGGCGGCAUUUUCGGACGGAAAUUUCCCUUAUCAGUAUCCACAUUACAUAGCGGAGGCACUAGAAAUGCUUCUUGUUUUCUGCGCAAAACCGUUGAUUCUGCUGACUCUAGAAGAUCAACAAAUCCUAAGCAAAGCUGCUUACUACUUGUUUGAAGCACUUGCACAGGUAAUUUCUGAUGUAAGCGCGUACUUCUCACCCCUUUCGGCAAAUCAUAUGGAUAGUUUCGUAAGGGAAGAAAUUAAAUCGCUUCAGACAAUACACCAGGACGCUGUUGUGACGAAGCCUCCGACCUUUCAGCAAUGUAUCACUUCUUCUAAGAUUGCACAGAGGCUCCAUUUAGCGGCGCUCCGUGCGAUGGGAUCCCUCAUCGCCCAACUUCAUUCUCAGUGUGAUGUUGCACAUUUUCAUUCGUCAACUCAGAAAGAGAAUGGGAAACGAAAAGGAGGCAAAAAAGGAGUUUCCAUACCCUUUCGACGGGAUUGUGACCCUUCCCUAUCCGCAAAGUCGACUGCGUUAUCUGAAUUUUUCGAUUACUUACUGCAACCCAAAAAGGAAUGUACUGAAGAGGGCGAAGCCCAAGAAUUAAAACAGGAGCUAGAUCGAAGCUGCGCCUUGGACCUUCUUGUGGUCUACUGGAACUCGUUGUUGAUUAAAAGCGAUUCAGAAACGCACGAGCUUCGUGAUCGCAUAACUCCAGAAAAAGAAAAUGAUAUGACAAAGUUUAGCGUAAGUAAGGUCGCAUAUCUGUCUGAAAGUAGCACUGGUGAAACACAACGUGAAAGCAAGGUUAGUGUUGAGGAGGAACUAAAAGCAGUAUUGCAGACAUUUGAGAAGCUCCUUUCGAGCGCUAAAAAGGCAUUUGAUUGCAGGGAGAGUUCUCUUAAGUCCAAAAGAGAAAACACUAGAAAAGGGAAUCACACAGACAUUGCGCAGUUUCCGUCUACAAUUCCUAUUCUGACAGUAUACACCCUAGGCAGGUACGUUAAUACGCAGAGCAGGGUGACUUCACUCUGCGUGGAUCUUCUAUCGCUCUUGCUUGAUAUGACGCCGUCCGCCACUUCGCGUAUUCUCCUCGAUAUCAAUGACUCACCUCAACCGGUGUUACAGAAGAAUUCUUUAAAUGAUUCUAUCACGAGUGCACCGUUUGAUUAUAUAUUUCACACUAUGCUUAGCUUGUUCACAACACUACACUCACAAAACCGGCUUGAGCUGCUUAAUGACAUGCUCCUAUUCGUCGAAACUGUACUACGCUGCGAUACCGAGAUUCUGAUGGGGCUGCAAAAGACUAUAUGGCCCGCUAAUGGGAACACUAAGGAGGAUAGACCGCAGGCUGGAGGCAUCUCGCCGCUCACUGUUGAUGCUAUCAACGCGUGCAUGCUUCUCGUCUUCAAUGCAGUGUGCAAAGACGAUCUAAACAGCUCCAUCAAACGUCAUAGUGUGUGGAAGGCUAUGGACGCGACACUUUCCAGCCUCUGCGAAAGUGCAACGUCGAGACGAACACCCUGCAAUAGUGUCAAGGGUAAUGGUGCUUGUGAACGAAAUGUGAACCAAAGGCAUCAAAAUUCGCCACUGAUAGACGUAGCAAACGAGGAUGCCUCAGAGAAGAUAUCCUUGAUGUUGCAGUCCAUUCACUUACCCAAAACUACAGCAAUGUCUUCCCGGGAUAUGCGGCGCGAACUGUUAUAUCUGAAGCGUUUAGGUUGGGAAGUGUUGGAACGGUUUAUGGAAUGGCAGUCUGUUCACGCGGAAGUUGCUGCUCUGCAGAGGGAAAUUGGUCUAGAUUCCCUUCAGAAAAAUAAAGGAGCGAUAUAUGAGGGCUAUUUUCUCCUAGACCUGUGCUCUAUGGGAUUUCUAGACGUUUUGUUCAUGCAUAUUAAUAGAAGUUCGGAUUCUGUCCAGGACGCUGAUGCUUCUGGGGCUGUCACCCUAAGCCAAAAUAUAAACACACAGAAAGGCCUAUUGAAAACUGGUGAGGAUGUCGAGGCACUGCAGUUGGAGUCGUGGGAGCUUUUGACGGCCCUGAUCAACCAUACCCACCGCCUACGUGAACUAUUUUUGAGUUUGAAGGAAAAGAACUUCUUCCUUGGGGCAGAGUAUCAUGGAGUUUCAGAGACUCCUGCUUGUAUCUUCAUGAACGAAUGCAGAGGACGGAUCCGGUCCACUGAGAAGAGCCUUGCGGGUGAUCAUUACAACUACAAUUUUGACGAUUAUAUUGUUUCCAUGGGUGGUAUUUCGUGCGCGAUGCGAUAUCUUGAUGCUUCUGGGAGUGUGUCUUCAAAGUCUCGGAAUCAACAGGAAUUAGAAGGCGUGGUGAUCAACCCGGAGCGGUUGCGUGAGCCCUUAUGCAAGGCCGUCUUAACGUUCCUGGCGGUUUUGUCGCGCAGUGGUAUUUCCGGAACAAGUAUCGCCGAGGCCUUUCUCGGGAUGCCAAAUCUGAUUGGAGUCGUUAUCAAUUCGCUGCAGGACAUUCGAUGCCACUACAACUUCACGUUUAAGCCUAAUUAUGAAGAACUACGAGGCUCCAAGAUGGCUACGAACUCUGAGGAAAGAGAUCCGAAUUCGGUCUUCUUCCUCCCUGACACCGCCUUGGACACCACACUGCUGCUCUUGGAUUUACUCAAGAACCUGGGUGCUAUCGCUGAGACCUGUAGUGAUCAAUUUCAAGAAGUCAAACAAACGCGGCACCGCCUUGGUUAUCCGGAGCAGCAGGAACCACCCUUCGUGGAAUCUAGCACGACGUUGUCGGUUCCUUGUGCAUGCCCUAAGACAAGGGCCUUCGAUCUUAUCCCUACGCAGGUUGCGAAUUCGGUCUCCUGGAAUGAAUCUGAGGUCUUCAAUAUCACACCAGGGAAGGAGUCCGGCACAGAGGAUGAAAAGGUUGAUCUCAAUGCGAUGCGAAAAACUAUUCCUGAAGACGAUCUAGCAACCUUUCACUCGGCAGAACAUUCUAGUUACUUCAACAACUUUUCUAACUCUGGUGGAGUGGACAUGCUUCUAAACUGGAUUCAAUUAAUUCUUUCACCGUGUCCACGAAAUGCCCUAAAUGUAACAGGUCUUGCGUCCACCCUUUCUCAGCAGCAGCAACGAUCCGUACUGCCUCCACUGGAUGAAAGCCUAUCUCGCUACGGACCGUUGUUGGCGUCGCUUCUGCAUGUACUCCAGAAUUUCAUCUUAACGAACAACAAUACCGCGGGCAUUUUCAUAGAAAGCGAAGGAGUAUUUGUGCUAUUGGAUGCUGCUGAGGCAUUGGCAGUUGCCUCCGGCAUCGUGGGCUCACAUCCUGUAAAGAACCCCGAGCCUGCCGGAGGCUGUAAGGACGACACUUUUCAUUCGAAAACUUUUGAGAAUGCCCCUACCAUAAUUGCAAGCAGCUUUAUGGCAAAAGACUCUCCUCUUCUGAAUGCUGGACUUGAGCAACUGCGAAUGGAAUUGAAGACAGGAAUCACAAAAUAUUCUGAAAGCCCGGUUCAUAAUUUCAUUUCCUACUGUAAAAAUUUACUAGGAUAUAUUCUUACGAUUGUAUCCGAUUUGCUCAAUACCAAUGUCAUGGCCCGUGAACACUUCAUGUUAUGGCGUAGCCGGAGGCUUCAAGCAAGAGACGAAAAGUUUAUCAAACCAAAUAGCAUAGAUACUGGUAUAAAUGCGGUACAACUCCUUGUUUCUGUUUGGGAAUUUGCCCUACGUGAAAACUUUGCAUGCCCUCAAAGAAAUGAUCCCGAACAUACAUUCAUUGGUAAGGGAAGCGAUGUGCGCAGUAAAAGAUGGAGUUUUAGCGAGGGGCCGUUGGAGGAGCCCAUCGCUGGUUUGAGUUUGCUCCGUGUUUUCAUUCGCGAGAAGAUAAACAUGAUUCUGCGUCAAGGAUAUAUUCGCCACCUAGUACAUCGGAAAGUGGCUCUUGGGUUGCUACCGUCAUCGAUCUACACCACAUGCGCGCCCUCUUUGACGAAUUCGAACUUAGACGCAAGGGAGCCGUCGUGUCCUGGUGCUCAGGAGCGGAUGGAAAACAACGCGACCUUAUUGCGAUACUACGUCUUCGUAAAAGAAGGCCGUUGGGUUCCCAGCAGAGGGGAGGGAGUGGCUACCACCGACCACGGCGGUGCCGCAGUAGUCGAGGAUUGGUUUGAAUCCGAUGAAGAAAAAGAGCUUGCGCUGAAUGAAACUCUCACGUGGUUGAAUACUAAGCCCACCAUGAAUGCUAGUUUUGUAACGGAGGCGAUUAGUGUAUGGCUAAAGGAACAUCUUGUACUAGGCGUAAAAGUCUACAGCUGUCUGGCUGCGUUGGGGUUUGAGCGCUUAAUAAGCACUGUUGUUGCAAAGGAUGCCGGGUAUCCUGCUUUUUGUCAGAGCAAUUCGGUGCUGUUGCAUAGUGUAAACGGUGCUGGAGAAAAGGAAUCACUUUCAGCCACGAAUCCAGCUGAUACUAUUAUGACGAUGGUAGAAAACGACGAAUUGCCAUUGACUUCUGCCGAACGGUCUCAUAUAGUAGUGAUGGCUUCUAUCCCUUGCUUGUGUAUCGAUGAGCUCUGUCUCGCGAUGUCUAGCACGGCGAAUGUCUUUCAAAAUAUGGGCGAUACGGACGAAGGUUGCUUGCCGGAAUAUUCAGUGACACACCAAAGCGGCAUCGAGCCCGACUCAGGGCUAAUACGUCCCACCACGUCCGACCGUCGUUACCUGCGUGGCAUCCUCCAGGACGUAUUGAAGCGUGGCCAGGAGGUUUGCGAGCUGAUAAAUUUGGGAUACAAUCUUGAGCAGACGUAUCAAACUCAGAAAUUGGAUCGAUUUCUCAUUACACGUCUUUCUAAAGACGUUUCAAACAAACCGGGUAAAGUCAGGAGCACUAUUGCAUCCAAUGUGAAGGACAAGGAAACAAUAUGCAUAUCAGAAAUCGCAGAGAAUCUGCGUAGGCAGCUUUUCCACCAAAGUUCCCAUUGA